AUCUCCACCCCAAGGUAAAUAAAAAUAGCAUGGUACAACCAUAACAACCAUUGAAAUUGCAUCAUUCCUUUAAUACCAUAUAUAACGACUGAUUUUGUUGUAAUUCAAGAUGACAAACACCACGAAAAGCACAAAUGUCGACGAAGUGGAUGAUCCAUCUGAAAACUCUCCCUCAAUGUUCAUAAAGAGACGUGGCACCACUGACAAAGGCAAAGACUACGAACACCUCUACAUUGCCAGCUUAGUUUUAAAACUAAUAAUUGACGAAACCGUCGAAAAUUUUUAUUUGUCUUCGAAUGAUGACGAAUUUGGUUCUUUCGACGACGUUGUAGUCAAAAUAAUACUCAAAGAUCCAACGGAAACAUACGCCGUCCAGCUGAAACACGUCACCAGAAAAGUAGUACUCAUUGAGAGACUAAACUCACCGAGUGGUGAAUUUAGCAUCGAAAAGUACUACGAAAAUUUCAAAAAGCAUGAAAAGUUAAAGGAACCAUCUGUGAAAAUGGUUCUAUUCACCAAUUGUAAAUUGAACACUGAGCACCUAAAUCGGUUUAAAUUUGGAAAAUUGACACCAUGCGAACAAAAUAAUUUGAUUUCAUAUUCGGAAGGUAGCUGCUAUACAUUCGAAGCAAGUGAAGACAAUUUGGAGAAGUAUGAAUUGUUUUUCAAAAAUUUGUGUCUCUGUAGUGAUCAACCAGAUGUCAGACAGCUUAAAAAGGAAAUAUUUGAGACACUAGAGACACAAUUCGGUAGUAAUGAAAGUGUUUGUCGUGAGUACGUAGAUUUCAUAACUCAGUGGAGUAUGAAAGAAGGUGAAAAAUUCAAACUGAAUAAGACAUGGAUGAAACACGUGAUAGCCCUUUGCGUGUUUUCUCCGUUCACUAAACCACUGUCCUUCGUUGAGGGUAAAUCUGUCAAUGACAAAGAAAAAAUUUUCAGAGAAGCUGUUUCUAAAUGUGAUUUAGCUGUCAUUGAUGAACAUAAUUUUGAAAGAAUCGAAUCGAUUUGGUCAGACGUUGUCGACGACUUAGACGAUGUAGAAAGCACGAGCAAAAUUAAUAACUUGUACGAACUUAUAGAAGACGAUAUAAGCACAAAAGCAAGUCUAUAUAGUGCAGAUCUUGUGAAAGUAUCGAGGCUCAUGUGGUUACUGGGAAAAAGCCCAUUGGUCGUUGAAGGUUGCCCACAAGUUUAUCAAGCAAUAAAAACAUGUCAAGCUCGAAAUCUCAUCAUACUCGACGACCAAGAGACGUUUAACGACAAAAUCGUAGAAAGGGAAAGGUUUCUACUUCAAAAUUUGUCCGAUUUAAAAAAACACACACAAUUGUACGAAGAAAUCAUAAAGAAUUUUACGUAUUCUUUGGAAGGUCAAAGAGAAAUUGAGUUGAAAUUUCUAGUAGAAAUGUGCGAUGUUGACAAUUUGAUUUCCACAGAUGAUUUAGUUGAAAUGUUGGAUGCUCCAUUGUUGAUUGGAAACUUACAAGAAGUUCUGCCACCAAGUCAUAUCGAAAGAAGAUUAACGAAAAUUUUGAUAGAUGUUGACUUUUUGAAAAAUACUGACCCGAAUGCAGUUGCUUUAAUUGACUCUGUGACAAAUGGUAACUUAUUUCAACAAAAUUUGUCAGAUGUAGUAGUCACCAUAAUAAAUGAUGUAGACAAGAUUCAAGACACAAUUCAUAGUGUGAAGAUUUACAUUACUAGUGAAACUGAUAUAUCACAGGAGAAAUUUAAUACUUUGUGCAAAGAGAAUUCAGAUUUUCAAUUUCAUCACUUUAAAUAUUUGGACGAACAUCGUUUGGAGUGGCUAAGAAGUGAGAAUUGUGAAUCUUUUGAAAAACUUGAGAAUUUCCAGCGACAAACCGAAUACAUGGAAUUCAUAGACGAACGACAAUAUUUCAGUGAAUCGAGGCAAAAUAUUAACAUUAUUUGUGCAGAUCCUGGUAUGGGCAAAAGCACGUUAAUGAAGAGCUUGAAAAGUGUCAGUUUUUCGUCGAAGUGGAUCAUUUUAAUCUACACAAGGAAUCAUGCUCACCACUUUAGAAAAAACAAAUCAGACAUGGACAAGUUUUUGAUAUACGUGCUGAAAAUCACUUGUAAGAAGUACUCAAAUCCAUUGCACCAAAUAGUUUUUAAGACAAUGCUGGAGCAGGAUCGAAUAGAAGUAGCAUGGGAUGGACUGGAUGAAGCGUCUGAUGCCACUCAAAUGUCGGUUUUAAGUUUAGUGAAAACUUUUUCGGAAAGAAACGUGAAACAGUGGGUAACUUCUCGAAAUAACUUGAAAAGUGUGUUAGAAAACAUACUCGCUACGUUUUCACGAAGUAUAAAGGAGUUUGACGACGACGAGCAACGAGAGUAUAUUAGCAGUCGCCUACAGCUCCCCGAGGAAGAGUUAUCUCAAACUAUUACUAAAAUAAGAGACAAUGUAAUGGCUUUUCCGAAUUAUGAAAUCUUGGGCAUUCCUCUACAAAUUUAUAUGUUGACAGAAUUAUUUUUACAAGACAAAGAAAAGUAUCUAGAUUUGUUAAACUACAUUUUCACUGUUCUCGAUUUAUAUGAACACUUUGUCGACGAAAAAUUUAGGGUUUUGUAUGAAGAGAAAAAAGAAAUCGUACUAUCGAAUGAACAAAAUGAAAAACUUUUCGUAAAAGAAAAAGAAACUAAAAUGAACUACUACAAACGUUUGGCUGCCAGCUCUUACAUUUACAACUCAUUCGUGGAAAAACUUUUCAAGAUAAAUCGCCGUGUCGACAAAGAGGUUAAAAGUUUUUUGAAAAAAAUUAAAAAUGAAGGCGAUGAUGUAGGAUUCAUAACCCGGGUUACAUCUGACGACGUCGAAUUCGCCCACAAUUCCUACGGGGAAUAUUUUGCAGCUCUCUAUCUCUUUGAACAUCGAAGUUCAAAAGCAACCGACAAGAAAUUUAUUUCGAACGGUCGUUAUAACAAUAUUCGAUUUUUUUUAGACUUGAUGUUGACGAGAAAGUGUAAAGGUUUCGUAGGUGUUAUUUACAAAAAUUUUGGGAUUUUGGGAGAACUCACUGAGGCAGAUUUAAAGCAAAAAGAUGUCAUUGGUCGAGACAUUUUGGAAGUGGCUUGUGCAUGGACCAAAAAUUACCCGAUUGCGAAAAAUAACACAGUUUUAAGAAAUUCAUAUUUUAACCCAGAUUGGAUGUUUAAAAAUGAAAAGGUCGAAAAGUAUCUAAGUUAUCGUGACGUAGGGCCCAAAUUUAUCAAAUUUAGUUCUUCCACUAGUGCCUGUUUUCAAAAGUUGCUGAUUUUCUUGCCAUUUUUGAUUCCGUUGUAUGACGGGAAUCAGUUUGCUGAUGAUUAUUUAGGAGUAGUUUUGUACUAUGCAGUUAGGUUUGAUUUUUCAAUGAUUUUUGAGUGCAUCGAAAAUUCUCUCCCGUUAAAAAACACAUACAGUAAUAUUAGUACAAGGAGUGUUUUAGCUGUAGCUCUUUAUAAUCGAUCGAAGAAAAUUCUGAACAAACUAUUUUCCGAAGAAAAAGAUUACUUCGAAUGGGACUGUGUCUGGAUUUUACGGGCUUCGUUAAUGGAAACGGAGAGAAUAUUUGCAUUUAUGUUAGAGUUAGAAGAGUUUAAAUUAGAUGUUCCAAAUUCGGACGGUCAGUUGCUGAUACAUUUUGCAUCUGAGUACCGCCUAAUUAAGACUUUAAGUUUAUUAAUCCUUAAUGGUGUGAAACUGGAUGUUCCGGAUAGAAGCGGUCGGCUACCGAUUCAUUAUGCUUGUGGCGAGGCAGAUGUAGAGACAGUAGAAUUCCUGCUAAAGAUUGGUGCGGAAAUCAAUGCUCCGGAUAAAGAUGGUCUCUUGCCCAUUCAUUAUGCAUGUAAAAAUUUUCACUACGGUUUUACAAUUAUAAAAUUUUUGAUCGAAAAAGGUGCUAAAGUAGAUUCCCCCGACGCAGAUGGUCGGCUAGUGAUUCAUUAUGCUUGUGAGUCUACAGAAUUUGAGUCAGUUGAAUUCCUGCUAAAGAAUGGUGCGGAAGUCAAUGUUCCGGAUAAAGAUGGUCUACUAGCUAUUCAUUAUGCAUGUAAACACUUUUUCUUCGGCUGGAGCAUUAUAUCAUUGCUGAUCGAAAAAGGUGCUAAAGUAGAUUCCCCAGACCCAAAUGGUCGACUGCCGAUUCAUUAUGCCUGUGAAUAUGGAUAUGUGACUGAAGUAGAGUCAAUAGUAGCUAAUGGAGCCAAAGUGGAUGCUCCGGAUGGAAAUGGUCGGCUGUCCAUGCAUUACGCGUGUUCAAACCCUGAUUGGCGCAGAAUUAUACCAUUUUUGAUAGAAAAAGGUGCGAAAGUGGAUACUCCAGAUGGGGAUGGUCGACUACCCAUUCACUAUGCCUGUGAACAUGGAAAUUUAGAUAUGGUGAAAUUCCUUGUAACGAAUGGUGCGAAAGUAACGGUUCGGGACGGUGAUGGGCAACUGCCGGUGGAUUACGCAAGUAAAAAUGAAAAGUAUGCUAAAGAAAUCACUAAAUUUUUGACAGAGCAAAAUGAAAUUCCGUAA